CCGAUGUGAGGACAUGGUCGUUUAGAUUCUAAACAUUCGCCCUUUGAACUGGGGCUACUUCAUUCCUUCUGAAAUCUUGCUUUAAGCCUUUAAUCCCAAAUACAAUUCUAGUAAAAUCUGAAAACGGUGGAACGAAUUCGAUUAGAGAAUGGAAGUAACUACUAAUCAGACUGACAUGGAAUCCAAAGAAAAGAAUCAAACAAUUUUCCGAUGCAAGAAAUGUCGAAGGAUUGUUGCUUCAGAGGAUAAUAUAAUUCCUCAUGAGCGUGGAAAUGGACAGAAAUGCUUUAAAUGGAAGAAGAGAACAGGUGAUACAACAAAUGAACUUCCUGAAUGUUCAUCUAUGUUUGUAGAGCCUAUGAAAUGGAUGCAAGCAGUUGAAGAAGGUAGUGUGGAACAGAAGCUUCAGUGCAUUGGUUGUAAUGCGCGUUUGGGUUCGUUUAAUUGGGCGGGUAUGCAAUGUAACUGUGGAGCAUGGGUAAAUCCGGCAUUUCAGCUGCACAAGAGUAAGGUAGAUGAAUGUCGGUUUUGAAGGGUAAAUUUGUCAUUUACUUGUGGUUUUAGGCUAAGUCUGAACUUGAUUUUGAUAGUUUGAUGAGUUUUCAUUUGAGGUGUAAAAUUUGAGAAUUAUUCAUCAUAAGCAUGCACGAUAAAGAAAGAUUAAUUUGAUAUA